AUGUUAUUACCGGGGUGGGAAGAUCCGGUCCGAGCAGAGCGGGCGAGGCUGGCACGCUCGCGGCAGAAAGGCGCCGCUGUGUUGUCCCGCUCGGGGCUUUCGGGAGAGGGAGGAGCGGGUGCAAGGUGCCUGUGCUGUUGCGCGAUUUGUGGGGGCCAGAGGAGAGGAAAAUGGGAAGCAGUUGGGAAUUGGGUGGGAAUUCGCCUUUCUGAGACGCUUCUGGUGAAAUCCUGUGGAUAUUUCCUUGGAAGUGAGGCCCGCUAAGUUUAAUGGGUUAUACUCAAAGACUAUCCAGGCGUCUUGCUGUUCCCUAAACUGGGCCUCCUGUUGUGGCAGACUGGACUUUGAACUUGCACGUGAGGGGAAAAGGUCACAAAUGUCUUCAAGGAAUACAUCACUGGAGCACAGAGCAGAGCAGCACAGUCAUGCUGUCCAUUAUGAUAAAGUAUAUGUGGAUUCCCCUUCUCCAGAAGAUGCUAAUGAGAUACUGAAUUCGGACCCUUUGCCGCCGCCUCUUCCACUGCAGCCACCGUUUGGGCCUGAAUUUUAUCCAAGUGACAAUGAAGAGUCAGCUGGAAUCCCUGAUAUCAAGCCAGUGAGAAAAUUCAUUCCAGAUUCAUGGAAAAACUUCUUCAGAGGAAAAAGAGAUGAUCCAGAAUGGAACAAGCCAGUAUCUGCCAUUUCAGAUGGAAUUCAAUGCUCUCCACCAUCAUCUCCAACACUUACUCCAGUGAAACCAGUCCCUACUUCAGCACCAAGCUCUUAUCAGGAUCCAUAUGGAGGAUCAGGGGGAACUUAUACUUCACAAAAAGAAGCUGAAGCCAUUUUCCCUCCAGAUCCAUAUGGCUCUCUGGGAAAGCAUACUCAGGCUCUGACAUAUAGUGAGAAAGUAGAAGCUUUUAACCUGAGAUAUUCCUACAUGAAAUCUUGGGCAGGAUUGCUUAGGAUCUUGGGUGUUGUUGAACUGCUCUUAGGUGCAGCUGUAUUUGCCUGUAUCACAGCUUACAUUCACAAGGACAAUGAGUGGUACAACAUGUAUGGUUUUUCACAACCAUAUGGCUAUGGUGCAAGCAACAUGUAUGGCAGUUAUUAUUACAAUGGACCCAAAACUCCUUUUGUUCUCGUUGUAGCAGCACUUGCUUGGAUAGUGACUAUUAUACUUCUGGUACUUGGUAUGUCAAUGUACUACAGAACUAUUCUUCUAGAUUCCCACUGGUGGCCUUUAACUGAAUUUGGAAUCAAUGUGGCUUUGUUUAUUUUAUAUAUGUCAGCUGCUAUUGUCUAUGUAAAUGAUACAAACAGAGGAGGACUUUGCUCCUAUCAAUUAUUUAACACACCAAUGAAUGCCGCUUUUUGCCGUAUAGAAGGAGGACAGACAGCUGGAAUUAUUUUUUUGUUUGCAACAAUGAUUUUAUAUCUCAUUGGUGCAAUAGUUUGCUUAAAACUAUGGAGACAUGAAACUGCACGCAGACACAGAGAGUUCAUGGAAGAGCAGAUGAAGUCACAAUCAUUUUCCCCCAAAAGAAUGUAUGAAGAUCAUGAAAAUGACACACCCAAAGUAGCAAUAAAGAAACUGAAGGGUGCAGAAAUGAAACCUGAAGUACUUAAUGGCCAUAUACCAGCAGGACAUAUUCCUAAACCUAUAGUGAUGCCGGAUUACUUAGCAAAAUACCCAUCAAUUCGGACAGAUGAGGAAAGAGACCGUUAUAAAGCUGUAUUUAAUGAUCAGUUUUCUGAAUAUAAAGAGCUGUCUUCUGAAGUUCAGGCAGUUUUGAAGAAGUUUGAUGAGUUAGAUGCCCUUAUGAGGAAGCUUCCUCAGCAUCCUGGAAAUACUCUUGAACAUGACAGAAUUGCCAGUGUUCUCCAACAGUAUAAAAAGAAAAAGAAUGAUCCCACGUUUCUAGAGAAAAAAGAACGAUGUGAAUACCUAAAGAACAAACUUUCUCACAUAAAACAAAGAAUUCAGGAAUAUGACAAAAUUAUGAAUUGGAAUACUUAGAAUGACUUUAAUUUUACCAGCAAGAUUUUUUUUACCAUUUUAAAAUAUUUAUUUACUGUAUAUUUUUUUUCCUGUAAAAUUAGUAACUAAAAUUUAGUAUGUUUAUCUUGUGAAUUAAGGAAAAGCUUUAUGUACCGUAAGAUACUGUAAAACUUUCUAAGAACUUAGUCGAACCAUGUGCACUGAUGAUCCUAUUCUGCAAUAAUAGAUAAAAUUGGUAUCUUUUUACUUUUUUAAUUAAAAAUAUUUGUAUUUCAGUCAUUGAGAUAUUUUCUUAAAUAUGAAUAUGUUGCAUGCAUUCAGGUGUCACUGUCUUAAUUCCAUGUGUAGCUCAGUUACAUGAAAUGCAGUCUUUCAGAGAUCCAUAUGUAUUAAAUAUUGCUUAUGUGCUAGGGUGCCACUUAACUAUUUAUAUGUAAUGACUUACUUGGAACAACAGGGAACCAGGAUUUAGCCAUCUCCUCCUUUGGCAAACAGGAAUUUGGAUUCAGGUUCUCCACAACCCAAACCAGGUGUUUGGUGAUCUCCCAGCAACGUCAAUUCUUAAUUCUCUCUGAACAAUUCCUAAAGAAGUGUUGCACAUUUUGUGUUUAGGACAAAGAUUCACAUUCAUGGAACACUGGAUUGAGCAGUAUUUUACAUAGGUGGUUAACAAAUCCUUUUGUUUGCCUUAUUUUUUGAUUUGGGUAAAUCAAAAGUUUAUAUGAUCUAGUAAAUACUUUAGUUAUAUAGCAAAGUUUACUUUCUAUCCAGUACAAGUCAUCUUGUUCAGCAAUUUUCCUUAUAGCCAUACAUUUUAAAACUAAAGAAUUUUGAAAGUUUAAUAUUUGUAAAUCUUGACAUUCUAAACAAAAAUUGUAGUAUUUUUGUGACCUGUGUCUAUAUUGCAACAAAAUAGGUAUAUUAGAUUCCAUCUGACUGUGCUGUGGCAUUUGAAAAUAUCUAAAUGAUGCAAGUAUAACUUGUUUGUUGGAGGGACAGUUACUUUCAAGUUUUCUCGGUGGACCAUAUGGAUGUGGAAACAAAACCUUUGGGGUCAUUACCAUAGUUUUAAAAUUGAUUCUGAUGCAGAAAAGGACCUAAAUCCAGGUGUUUAGAAAUCUGUGAUUAUAUUUGAAGACCCAUUCCAACUUUAUUUCAUAGGUAGUGCAUUUUGAGUAUACAGAGAAAGUCAUUAGCUUUGUGUGGGAGAAUAUCAUUAGGGAAGUAAGAGUUAAAAGAGAAUGUGAAUGCUAUCUAAGAAAAGCAACAUUCAACCCAAAAAUUUUCAAACUGAAGUAUUGAAUCCUACUUUUACUGCUGAAAUAUAGCCUUGUCACGUAUAUAUCACUGAAUUGUCAAUUAUCUUGUUAUCUUUUAAAUGUGGAUUGGAGAAGUGAUUAUAGCUGACUUUUUCUAAACAGCAACUUAAUGUUGAUUGGAAUGGCAUGUGCAGAAAAACUAUUCAGGAUAUUAAAUAGCCACAGUUUUUUAAUAACAACUCUCAGAAAAUAGAAAUUCCACAAACUCUACCUUUAUGAGUGAGGAAGGAUGGAGCAGAUCUUGCUAAUAAGUUCACAUACCUUUCUACAUUUCUAUAUUGUAUCAUAUCUCAAUUUUUACAGAAGAAUCCUAGCAUAUUGCAGUGAACUUCUACUCGGUGUAACUUUGAAAACAAUUUUCAAAUAACAUGCACUGGAAUGCAAGUCACUUUGCUUUGCUUUCUUUAUAGUGUUAAGUCAUAAUUAACCUUCUGAAAUAUUGAACUGUACAUUUUCAUAAAAUAAUCAGUAAAACAUAUAAUAUAUACCUCAGAGGUUAAUAUUAGCAGUCCUUGGGAAUAGUAUAUUUUUUGUUAAGCAAAUAUUUCAUAUUCACAUUAUUUUAGCGGAAGUUAUAAUCUAGAAGUGCAGAACUGUAAGAACAUUUUUAUCGGUAUAAGUGUGUUUUAUAAGCAUUGAAGAUGUAAAGAAAGAACAAUAAAUUGUAACAUGCUAUAAGCUAUGUGUAAUGUAACAUUUCUAUUCUCUUCACAAUUAUCUUUGGGCAUUCAAAUUUCUUCAAACUUAGCAUUUGAAAAAAAUACAAAACCUUGUGUUAGUGAAAAUGCGGUACAUAAAAUUACUAUAGUGAAGAAAAUGCCUUGCACAAAUGUAUAUAUUAAGCAAAGCUAUAUACUCUGAAUACAUAAACUGAGUAGUACUGCACAUUAGCUCUAGACCUGCUAUCCCCUAAAAUGUUAGCUAAUUUUAAGGGUUAAAUUUGCAUUUUUUUUUUUAUGCUGGUGGAUCUCAAACUAAAGGAAAACUGGGUCUUUUUUGCACCUCUGAAACAUGCAGGCUUUCUGUUUUUCAAGUGGCUUUAUUACUAUUACUUCCCCAUGUUUCCAAAAUGCUAGUUAUAAGCAACUCUUCCAUGGGAUCUGCUGCAAUAUACUAGGGAUGGAGGAAUACUGGGAAUCUAAUCUAUGAAUCUAACACUGCUAGGCAGUUUCACAAUCCUUAAUGUUAAACAGCCUGGCUUGAUUUUCCUUGCUUACAUAAGCAGUGCAGGCCAAACUCUUGU